CCCCGCCCGGCCGCGGCAGGGCCGGGCUGCCCCGCACCGCCGAGCAGGAGCGGCCGGAGGAUGGUGCUCAUCACGCUGAAGCUUCGGACACCCUCAGCUAGGGAGCAGCCUGGCCAAGGAAGACAGCGAGGCUUUGCAGUCUGACCUGCACAGCUGGUACAGCACCUUGCACCCCCCUGCUGGUGAACCUGCUGGAGCUGGGAGUUCUGCUGCCAGGAGGGCUGGUGGGGAUGGUCCUGCAUGGAGACAGGGAAUAGAGAAGUGUGGGGCGAUGAAGCUGAAUGAGCGGAGCGUGGCCCACUACGCCACCUGCGACUCACCCGCUGACCAUGCUGGCUUUCUGCGCAAGCGGGUGGAGCGGCACCACCACCAUGCCCACCACCAUGGCACCUCCUACCAGCGCCGCUGGUUCGUCCUCAAGGGCAACCUACUCUUCUACUUCGAGGAGCGGGAGAGCCGGGAGCCCAUGGGGCUGGUGGUCCUGGAGGGCUGCACUGUGGAGCUGUGCGAGGCCACUGAAGAGUUUGCCUUCGCCAUCCGCUUUGAUGACGCUGGUGCCAGGGCUUAUGUGCUGGUGGCUGACGGGCAGGCUGCCAUGGAGGCCUGGGUGAAGGCACUCUCACGGGCCAGCUUCGACUACAUGCGGCUGGUGGUAAGGGAGCUGGAGAAACAGCUGGAGGAGGCCUGCAAGAGCUUGGCUGCUUGCCGUAAGUCUCCACAGAGAUCCUCCUCUGGCAGGAAGAGGCAUCUCUCCAACCCUGCCUUGCAGCCUCUCCAGGAGAAGCCCACCACCCUGGAGAAUGGCUACUCCACAUGGAGUAGUGGUGGUAGUAUCGCCGGUGGGGCCACCUGCAGUGAUCACGAUGGGGGACAAACGAAGCCCCCGCCCCUGCCUCCACGCCGGCGCUCGGCCACCGGCAAUGCCACAGGAUCCCCAGCACCUGGCCUCUCACCAGCCAUGCCAGAGAGCCCAGUGUCACCAGAAACGAUCUGCUUCUCCAAGCUGCACAACUGGUACGGGCAGGAGAUCGCAGUGCUGAGACGGGAGUGGCAGGAGCGGCAGAAGAGGGGACACCCGUGACUGGGGGUGUAGAACACAAGUCAGUGGCCAGCUGAUGCCCAGCGGCCUGUUUUGCAUGCAGAAGAGUGAAGUGAAGGACGUUGCUUGGCCCCUGCCCUCAUGAGUGUCUGAGUGUGCAGUUUGUGUAUACUUUACUUGGGAGGAACCCAAAUCUCCUCUAAACCUCACAUUUAAUUUCCAUGAGGCUUUAUACAGCUGGAGAAUGUGUAACACCAAGGGAGCCACCUUUAUUUAAACUCUUUCUGCUGGAAAUAGGAGCUGCCCAAAUCAGCACAUAUGCAAUGAACCUCAGCCAACAAGCUUGGCCACUUGCCGUUCUGACAUGGUGGAUGCUCCGGAUGUUUCAUCCCCUACCUCUCCUUCACCACUUUUUUUUUUGUUCUGUUUCUCAGCGUGGAAGUUUGCUUUUGACCAGUGCUUAUUACUGUCUGUGGUCUUGUACCAAAGUUAUUCUGCCUUUGUUCUUUUGCAGCAGGUAAGGCUGGGCUCUUAUGAAGUGCCUCUGAUAGGCCACUGGCCCCAGUGCAUGCCUCCAGCCUUGUACCUCUCUCACUACAGGACAUAUGAGCCACUGCAGCUGUUGCUGGGGCUUUUGCAUUGUUUUUUUACUUCUAUCUUCACUAACCCUUCUUUCAGCUAAAUCCUUCAGGAUAUGGAUAUCAUGGUCUUGCAACUGUCUCUUUGUGUGCUCAUACUCAGCAGCAAGCCUGAAAUGGAGACAGAGCUUGGCCUGAAGCCACAGCGAGGACACCGGGAGCUCCCCAGGGCUGAUCUGGACUCUGUCAAGCGGUAACCAAGCCUGCUAAUAUCGCUGGCUCAAGGUUUCUCUGUUCCUAAACAGGGAUGCUAAAGCCUCUUUGCCUGGGCAGGAAUAAAUUUCUCAGCCUUUGCUUAGACCACAGCCCCUGCAAAGUGCCAUAUAGGGCUCAGUCUGCUCAUCGGGCUGCUUGUCCAAGAGGGUGUCCAGAGCCACACUCCUGCAGGGCCUCUCAGUGUUGUGGCUCUGCCCAGCUCCUGGCAGUUGGAGAGGCUUCGAAGGAGUGGGGAAGGAGAGAGGGCUUCACUUCUCAGGAGAAGUGAAAGUGUGGGAGUGAGUUGUGGAUGUUGGCAGUGUCUGGGCUUGCCUCUCCAGUGUCAAAGCCAUAUUGCUGCCUUCUACCAAGCCUGCACCUGGCCUACCAGCACUUCCCUCUGAUUUCAUGUCAGCAUUGCUUGCCUGAUCUCUGCAGCACAUCCUGUUCUCCCAGCGGGCUGGGAGGGCUGUGGGGAGGCAUGCCUGUCGCCUCAUUAUGGUAACAUCAUCAUCCAUCAGGAGGUCAGAAACCUUGGCCACAAGGCAUACGGUACAAGUAGGUGGGUGCCAAGUCCAGGGACUAGAACACCCUUGGGAUGGGGUUUAAAAAUCUCACUUAUCUAGUUGCAGGCUUCCCACCUAAAACAGUUAAACCUGGUUUUAUUGUCCUGUUUUAUUAAAGAGCUUUGCUAGUAAAGCAAAAGCACAUUUCAGGUCAUGGCUGGCUGGGAACCUUUCUGGACUUGAACACACUCAGCUUCCUAUUUUGCAAUAGCCUGUGGAGGUAGCCAAUGCAGAAAUCAAAUUAAUUCUAUUAACUCUUGGUGCCUUUUAAUGUGUGUCUCUGGUAGUUUUGGAUGAUGAGCUUCCAGCCUCCUGCCUAAUUAUGGCUCAAUGGUAUAUUAGAGGAAAUCAGAUCUUAAAUUAGAUCUUAAAAAUUAUUUUGGUCAGUGAGAGUGUAACCUUCACCUGUGAGUAAUGCAAUCCAGUCCUCUCCAGUUCAUGGUUGUAUUACUGCACAGUAACUGUCUUCAAGUUUGGGAGGAUUAUUUUUGUUCCGCUUAUGUGAAAACCGUUCAGAAAAAUCAGGAGCAGGUGGCCAUGGGGCAAGGCCCUGGCUUCAUCAGCAGCUCAGCUGGUUGGACCUAGGGGCUAUUUAUGCUUCCCUACCCUGCUGCUUGACGUGUUCAGUACUGCAGCAUUCCUGGCUGCAUGUGUCCCUUUUCCCAUGCCAGGGCAGCAGCAUCAGGGGAUUGCAUUACCUGGUGCCUCCUUGCUUUGAGCAUGGGUAUUUUGGGACCAAGGUCAAAUUUGUCAAGGUCAAAGCAUUUUCCUGUGGUUUUUUUGUUGUUUUUUUUUUUUUUUUUUAAUAUAAUACAGAGAGAAUAUUACUGAUGUCUCAGAUUAACAUAAGGAAGAUUGACAGUAAAGACUCAACUUCCUAAACAAAUCAAAAUGUGGUGGCAACUCCUACGUGAGACCCAGGAAUUGUGACUGACUUGAAAGGGAAAAUAAAUUAACAAAGCCAGUUCUGUCAGAACUGAAACUGAGACAGUAUUAUUCAUUUAAGGGCAGUCUCAUUUUUAAGAAGCUUAGUUUGUCUUAAUAAGCCAGGAUUGUGCCCGUAACACUACUAAAGAGCUUAUAUAUAAUGCUUUAAUCUGUCCCAUUCAAACGGCACAAUUUGCACGCUACCUACCUUGGCGUUAGCACAUAUCCCAGCUAAAUCCCAAAUCCUGCAAAUGAGGCACUCUGCGCUCUGCUUUCCUUCUGAUUGUGUUUGGAGUAAUGUGGUGUUUUAUUCUGCAGUGCUGACAAGAAAAUGGCUGAAUCCUGAUUCACAUUUAUGCUCAGCCCAGCCAUCCAUGCCUUUGGUAGGUCUCCAGAGCACUCCGUGUCUUUGGAUGUGCUUGACCAAGGUUUCCUCACCAUCCCAGGCAGGCCCUUUUUCUAAGUGAAAAGGGCCACCAUUGCAGCCAUGCCUAAAUUUGUAUGGGAAUACAGGUGUUUUAAUGACCACUUGCUUCAUUAGGCAGGAAGCACCUGAGUGCUGCACUGCCUCCUCGGAGGUGGAGGCAGCCGAGCCAGCCCAGCUGAAUUGGUUGUGCUGUCAGUGCCUUUGAAGCAGCCCCUAGGCAGGAGGUCGGGAUUUCAGCUUCCUGAGGUUGAACAUUUAGCUGCCUAAUGGAGCAGCCGGUCUGUCUUUCUGCAGGCAGAGAUUGUUACAGGAAAGGCAGAGAGUUUUCACUGCACAUUGUCCCUGGCAGCAAUAUAAGACUCAUUGCCAGCCAGGGUUUUUUUUUCCAGUCGUUCAGGUUUGGACUGUUUCACCUCCUGUCUCCACUUUCCCUUCUUAUUUUUAGAAAUAGAGAAUGUCUAUCUAAACAGGUUUCAUGGCAAAAGGGGAGCUGAACACUGAAGGUGAAGGGGUACUUUUCUAAAAGGACUGAAGUAAGAUCAUUUUCUAAGAAUUUUCUUUAGGGCUCAAGCAGUGAGAGAAAAGUGCUAAAAUUUUAAAAAAAUUGAAAGAGGAAAGGCAAUUCUAACAAUGCCUUUGUGAGCUGUGCCAAGAAGGGCUUCUAAUCCUGCUAAAAUAGUUGAUUAAAUCCUUACAUUCUUCUGAGGCUGCCAUUUCAGAUUUGAGCCUGUGCUAUAUAAUUUCUGCAUAUCUUUAUUUUGUAAAACUGUGCUUGUUUUCCACUGAGUCCAGGUGAAGACUAACCUGAAGGUUUUACCCGUGGCCACUCUUAGCCACGUGGUGGACAAUCAUGGCCAAGAUCAGACAUUUUGUGUUAUAGUGGCUACCGCGCUGAUAGUGCCUGGUAGUCCCCUCAAUGUUACCUCUCUCGGCUGCCUUUGUUCGGAAGCUGAAAAAAAAAAAAAAAACCCGCUGAAAUGCACAGGGACAUCUUUCACCAGCAGCACCAAACUCGUGCUCUCUCCGCACAAUUACCUGGAAAACACUACGAGCAACUGCCUUUCCAAGUGCUUCUAUUUUAGGUAGGACGUGUUCUUUUUUUUUUUUUAAGAGGCGGUUUUGCAUGCGCCUUUGUUUUACACGCGGAACUUGUUAUUAUACAUUGCAUUACAUUGUUUAGAGUUUGUUUUACGCGCGGAACUUGUACUACGUAUCCCAUUACGUUGUAUAUUAUGUUUGUAUUUUAUGCCACGA